UUACGUCCCUUGACAUAGUUUAACCUAAACGUUAAACGUAAUCAUAUACUGACGCUUCUAAAAUCUUGAUGUGUAUUAUAUAUUUAUAACUUCAAAACUCUUGAUUUUUCUGCUUUAUUUUAUAGCUGAUACAUAUCUACCAAAGUUUAAUAUGGCACAUGGAUAUAAUUAUGACUUUUUAAACGACAUAUGUGACAAUCCACAAAGCGUGGUUGAUGAUACAUUCCGUGUUUUACUUAGGAUUUGUAAGAAUAUAACAGACAACCCUGGGGAGAAGAAAUACCGUCGCCUUCGUAUCGGGAACCAGAUUGUACAAGAAAAAAUCUUGCCUGUUGACGGAGCUUUUAACUGUCUAUUAGCAAUGGGCUUCCAAGAGGAUGAUGAAUUUCUUACUUUACCUGAAUCAGACAUGCUAUUUGAUUUGAUAAGAAUUCAAAAGUAUAUUGAAAAUAUAAUGAAGACAGAUAUGAAAUCAGAGGAAAAAUCUGUGUUGGCAGAAAAUGAACCCAAACAAGUGACAAGUUCAUUCCAAAAUCCAUCUGAACCAAAACAGUCAAUAACAAGUAUAGCUCAGCAAACGAAUGAGGAAUUUUUUUAUUCCAGACUUUUAAUGUACGGGAAAAAAGUACGGCAGUAUGAAAAAUUUAGUCUACUAAACAAAGCACGUCAAAUAAUCCCAACAGCAGAACUGAAGGAAGAAGCCAAAAUAAAGUUAGAGUCAAUUUGUGAUGCUGAAAGUUCUUAUGCAGUUAGUUUGGAAGAUUGUCUACUUAUUGUUCUCUUGGAUUGGUUCAAAAAUAAAUUCUUCAAAUGGGUUGACAAGCAAUCGUGUACAUUCUGCAGUUGUAAAGAUGUCAUAGCUGUUGGUUCUGAUCAUCCUAACAAAGAAGAAAGCUACUGGGAAGCUGGAAAUGUGGAAUUAUAUUCAUGCCCUUUAUGCAAUGUUAUUACUCGGUUCCCUAGGUAUAAUAGUCCUGAAAAAUUGCUUGAAACCAGACAAGGUAGAUGUGGUGAAUGGGCAAAUUGCUUUACAUUAUGUUGUAGGGCCAUGGGAUUUGAAGCUCGUCUUGUGGUUAGCUGGACAGACCAUGUGUGGACUGAGGUUUUUUCAGAAUGUCAAGAUCGUUGGCUCCAUUGUGAUCCAUGUGAAAAUGUUUGUGAUAAACCUUUAUUGUAUGAAGCAGGAUGGAAGGUUGAGAUCAGCUACAUUAUUGGGUUCUCAAGAGAUGAUACUCAAGAUGUAACUUGGCGAUAUUCUGUUCAACAUGAGAAAGUUAAACAGAAAAGAACAAAAGUAAGUGAAAAAUGGCUCCAACAAACUUUGGAAAAAAUACGAACAGAGCAGAGUCUUCAUUUAUCACAAGAAAGGAAAGAAUUAAUAACAUCUAGAUUUACCAAAGAACUUACUGAAUUCUCAUCUCAUAGAACACCCAAGUCUGAUGAAUUACAAGGCAGAACAACUGGAUCUUUGGCUUGGCGCCUUCAGCGUGGUGAAACAAAGAAGCACACACCUUAUAUUUUUAAACCAGAUAAAGCAGAACAGCAAUCUAAAUGCUUGUAUGUGAAAUAUAGCUGUGCCAACGAUAUUUAUUAUCGCCCUUAUUCUAGUAAAUCAGAAAUUCAUUGUUGGCAAUCGCUACUAUUCUCUUAUAAAGAUAUUUUUCGCAAAGAAGAAAAUGAUUGGAAAAAGGUUUACUUAUCUCGAGUUGAAGGUUGUGAAUUUGGUGAAGUGAGUUGGAAAUUUGAUGUUUCAGAAUGUGGACUAACAAUUGCCAAGCUUGAAGUGUUCGUAUCAAGUGAAACAUUUGAGAAUGGUGAUGUUUUAUGGCAGUUAAAAAAUGAUAAGAAUAGAAUCUGGGCUAUUAAAGGUGGUUCCCUACACAAUAUCAGUGAUAUAAAAGGAAGCAAAACUGUAUGUUUAUCAGCACAGCUCCAUGGUGGACAAGGUGACGUUGCAUGGCAGCAUGCUCAGCUGUUUCGACAAUGUAACACGAGCAGCGAAUGCCCUUUGCAGUUAACUUUACACCUGCAGUAAAUGGAUUUGAAAUAGCAUUGACAUAAUUCCUGAAAAUGCAUCUGUAUGAACAUGGAUAUUUUAUUUGUAAAAAAGAAAAACUCUUCAGCUCUCAGGUGAGGUUAAAAGAGAAACGUUUAUUUUCAAAAGUACAAUUUUCUAACAUGAGGUUACUCAGCACUUUUAUCAUUUUAAUUUAAUUGACUAAAAUUUGCUGUAAAUGAUUUAUUCUUGCAAAAGAAUGUGAAGUUGUUACAUUCUCAGUUUUUUUUUUUUCCCCUAGCAACAUAAUUCCAACUAAAAACUGAAAGUAGGUGAUGGACAUGGUUCAUACAAAACUUUGGAAAUUUAGCUAUCAUGAAAACCUAUUUCUAUAAUUAUAUUUUUUAAGCACCCACUACACUUUCGGAGUGGUUAGCGUUAGGAAGGGCAUCCAGCUGUAGAAACUCUGCCAAAUCAGAUCAGAGUCUGGUGUAGCCAUCUGGUUCACCAGUCCUCGGUCAAAUCGUCCAACCCAUGCUAGCAUGGAAAGCAGACGUUAAACGAUGAUGAUGAUCAUCAUCAAUUUUAACUUUUGGCAUUUUCAACUGUAAUAAAUCUGUUUUACAAUUGUUCAGGCAUGAACACCACUCUUUCUUUACAUUUGGCUUUUGAGUUUCAAAUCAACAGAUGUGAGCCUUAGCCAUAAUUUUUGUGGCUCUGAACUUUGCUCCUUUAAUUGAAGUAUUAUAUUUCUAUAAUGUUACAAAGCAAUGUGGUUUUAGCAUUCAUCUUAAUCUGACUGAACCAACUUAUAUCACCAUGCAAUGUUGGGGGGACAAACGCAGACACACAAACAUACAUUCAUAUAUAUAUAUGAUGGGCUUCUUUUAGUUUCCGUCUCCCAAAUCCUCUCACAAGGCUUUGGUCGGCCCGAGGCUAUAGUAGAAGACACUUGCCCAAGAUGCCAUGCAGUGGGACUGAACCCGGAACCAUGUGGUUCAUAAGCAAGCUACUUACCACACAGCCACUCCUAUGCCUGUUAGUAGAAUUUAGUAAAUGAAAACUGUGUAGAAACCUAUUGUGUGUGUGUGUGUGUGUUCAUGUAUACCAAGUAGCCAAUAAACUAGUACUUUCAAGCAAAAA